GGCGCUGGCAGGGGAGCAAAGGGGAGCGGAGCGGGGCGGGGCGAGCGCGGCGGCGGCGAUGUGGGGCGGCGGUGGCGCGGCCCGCGCCCUCACCCGCACUCUGGGGCGCCGGCGGGCUGCGGGCGAUGACCAUGCUGAUCUGUCCUUUCAGGCAGGCCUGAGAGGUACCCUUCAGGACUGCAACUGGGAAUCACAGCCGAAAGCCAGUAGUACUCUGCCUGUCCCUCUGUCCGAAAUGAAAAGCAGCGUGCUCACUGUGAAGAGACCUUUCAGCACUUCACGCUCAUCAGUGGAUCCCAAGGAAAUUAAAAAAUUCCAGUUGCUUGCCCAGAAGUGGUGGGAUGAAGAAGGAGAAUAUUCAGCUCUUCAUUCUAUGAAUGAUAUUAGAGUGCCCUUUAUUAGAGAUACUCUGUUGAACAUGAGCAGUAAUUACCACCUGGGAAGUCCGCUUUCUGGAGUAAAGAUUCUGGAUGUUGGCUGUGGCGGUGGACUGCUCAGUGAGCCUUUAGGUAGACUGGGAGCUUCAGUUACUGGAAUUGAUCCUCUGGAGGACAACAUUAGAACAGCAGAUCAGCACAAGUCAUUUGAUCCAGUCCUGUCCCAGAGAAUACAGUACAAGUCCAGUUCACUGGAGGAGAUUGUGGAAGAGUCUAUGGAAACCUUUGAUGUAAUUGUAGCUUGUGAAGUAGUGGAGCAUGUGGCUGACCUUGAAAUGUUUAUCAAGUGUUGCUCUCAGGUGUUAAAGCCUGAAGGUUCUUUAUUCAUUACUACAAUCAAUAAAACACAGUUGUCCUAUGUCCUGGGAAUUGUGGUUGCAGAAAAAAUCCUGGGCAUUGUACCAGAAGGAACACAUGAGUGGGAGAAGUUUGUUCCCCCUGAAGACCUGGGGCGCCUCCUGGAAUCAAAUGGCUUUUCAGUCAAGACAGUGAAUGGGAUGUUGUAUAAUCCCCUCUGGGGGUCAUGGAGCUGGACAGAAAGCACGAGCAUUAACUAUGCAAUGCACGCUGUGAAGUCUGGGGCUCAGGGACACUCAAGCCCGACAGAUGCCCCAUCAGAGACGGAAAGCGAAGAGCACUCAGCCACGGCUGGCACUGCCGUGUGAUGGUCUGAGAUGUGUGGUGAUGGGCUGUCACCAGGCACAGAAAAGAAGGUUUUACCCAGAUGGACAUAAUAAAACCUUUUGUAACAACAAGCUUGCUGUUUGUAUUAAUAAUGCUGUUUUCGGCCAGAUAUUUUUUGGCAGUCUCAGAAAAAACCAAGUGUCUAUUUUCUCGGGAAUCUUUUAAGAUCAAAAUGAGCAAAGCUUUUAAAGAGUAUUUUUAUAAUAAAGUAGUUUCAAAUUGUUAGACAGGGAAAUGCAAAUUACUCUGUCAGUGCUUGGAGGAAGCUCUUAUAUGUGAUGAGGUUUCCAGAUGGCAUGUAGAAUGAGCUAAAAAACACAAUGAUGUACAAUAAAUAAAAUGCCUUAGGUAUUGAA